CAAGAUUUGCUGCUCACCUUGUUCGUGGAGUGCCCAAGGGUCAAAUUUCAUGGGAUUUUUAGGAACCAUCAUCUGGCAUCUUGAUACACUCAUUGGCGCAGGGGUGAUGCUGCUGUAUCCUCUAUAUGCAUCAAUGCGUGCAAUUGAGAGCCCUUCUUCGUUAGAUGACCAACAAUGGCUGACAUAUUGGAUGCUGUAUUCGCUAAUCACCCUUUUCGAACUCACUUGCUGGAAUGUUCUCCAAUGGUUCCCACUUUGGCCUUACAUGAAGCUUGUGUUCUGCCUCUGGUUGGUGCUACCAAUCUUCAAUGGAGCUGCCUACAUCUAUGAAAAUUUUGUGAGAAGUUAUGUCAAGAUUGGGAAUUAUGCGGGAUCAAGGUACCCAGAAGACCAGAGGAGAAUGCUGCAGAUGUUGAGCCUCGAUUCCAGAAAGCCAGUGGAGCGAUACAUCGAUAAAUAUGGACCAGAAGCUUUCCAAAGGGUUGUCAAAGCAGCCGAAAACGAGGCCAAGAAACGCUGAACAAGAUGAUUGGAAAGGAGGUUCUCCCACUUCAACUUUCUGUUGUCAACAUAAGAGAAUACUGUUAUGUAUGGUGAAGCUACCAUAGUAUGAUGAAACUCUAGGGUGUCAAAACAACCAGUUGUAAUGAAGGGCUAGUUUAAGAAUCUGUAAAUAAGGUCUGAGGUUGUGAUUGUGCAUUAGGACAUGUUGAUCAGGUUGUUUUUUCUGAUAUAUUCUUAUCAAUAAAGAUUUAAAAAAGAUGUUCAAACUUAUA